UUCUCUCGAUGCCACUCCUGUGACUGGAGAAGAAGAAUCCGGUUAGGCGAGAAGAACUCACCUGUGCACCGCGAGCAAGGAACCGCCCCUUUCCACCCAUACGCUUCCAAGCUUCGAUCGUGUCCAUAACGCAGCCUCUCGGCCAUGGGGAAAAUCGGCAAGGAGACGGCGGGUCAGAUCAUCAGCUUCAUCGGGCUGGUAGGGGUGGCGGUGACCACCGGCAUUCCCAUGUGGAGGGUGACCUCCUUCAUCGGCGCCAACAUCGUCACGGGCCAGAUCGUGUGGGAUGGCUUGUGGAUGAACUGCGUGAUGCAGAGCACAGGCCAGAUGCAGUGCAGGCUCAACGAGUCUGUGAUGAGGCUGACCCCGGACCUGCAGGCGGCCCGGGCGCUGGUCAUCAUCUCACUGGUCUUCGGCUUCAUCGGUUUCAUGAUCACCUUCAUCGGCGCAAAGUGCACCAGCUGCCUGAAGAAGCUGGCCUCCAUGUCCAAGGUGGUGAUCAUCGGCGGCUGUUUAGUCAUCGUGGCCGCCGUGCUCGUCCUCAUCCCGGUCACGUGGUCGGCCACCAUUACCAUCACCGACUUCCAGAACCCCCUGACCAUCAACACGCAACGGAGGGAGAUCGGAGCGGCCAUCUACAUCGGUUGGGGGUCCGCGGCCAUUCUCCUGGUGGGGGGCAUCAUCCUCACCACUUCGUGCCCGCCACAGACGCCCACGUACGGAUACCCCCGAUACCAAGCCCCGUACGGGUCCGCGUACGGGUCCGCGUACGGCAACGGGUCGACGUACGCGCCUGCCGCCCGGGCUCUGGUGGUCGUCGCCAUCAUCGUGGCAGCCUUCGGGGUCAUCCUGGGUAUCGCCGGAGGGAAAUGCACCAACUUUGUGUCGGAUAAGGCAGCCAAAGCUAAAGUGGCGGUGGCAGCGGGCGUGGUCUUCAUCUGCGCAGGGGUCCUGGUCCUCAUCCCCGUGUGCUGGUCGGCCAACACCAUCAUCCGAGAUUUCUACAACCCCAUUCUGACCAACCCGCAGAGGAGGGAGCUGGGCGCAGCACUCUACAUCGGCUGGGGCACGGCGGCCCUGCUCCUCUUGGGCGGCGCUCUCCUGUGCAGCUCCUGCCCACCCAAGGACGGACCCGAGUACCCCGUCAAGUACUCGGGCGCCAGAUCCACAACCACCAGCCGGGCCUACGUCUGAGGACUGAGCAGGAAAAGACUUUGAAGUACAAGCCAACCUCGUUUGGCGGACAAGUCGAUUUUCCGGCAAAUUCUGCUCCGGUUCACGAACUGUGUUUUCUGUCGCAGCAUCUGCACAGAACAGUCAGAUGUGCUUUCUUUUUUCUUCGUGGUUUUUUUUUUUGCUCCUCUCGAUUGGACUCCAACAACUAAAUAGCUGCCAAACAUGACAAUGCAGUUUGUGUUUUGGGAAAAUAUUUUGUGUGUUCACUAUCCAGUCCUGUGGGAAACAAAAAAAACAAAAACGCCUGAAGACCGAGCUCAAAUGUUUAUCUAUCUUGUGCCAAAAGAAACUAACAUGUAUGAUCCGAAGCUAUUUGUACAGCCAGAUAUUAUUUUAUGAAUGUUUUGCGUGGAAAGUGUUCUUUCGUAAUCUUUUUUUUUUUUUUUUUUUUUUUU